AUGAAAUUAAAUAACAAUUAUAUACCUGUGAUCAUAGCUAGAAUAGAUUAUUUGGCAAGAAUGACAGCCUUUUAUUCACCUAUUCCAAAACAAGACAGAAGCAUUAAUAUUACCUGUAAGACGAGUAAUACGUCUCUUUUAACUCAAAGGUUAGAAAGAGGUAACAGAUUCUCUGGGAACUUAACAGAAGAAGAUUUGUGCGCUCUUAACAUUACUCACACAGUACCAAAUCGUUGCAUAUUUACUGCACAAUUAACAAAAAUUCUUAACCUAUUAAAUGAACGGCAAAAAUUAAUCGUUCAAAUAGGUGCAAACGGAUAUGAAGUAAAAUCAAUAGAAAAUUUAAUGGAUUACAUUAUAGAAAAUCUCAAUAAAAGUAUUCAAAAACUAAUAAAUGCUGUAGAGACAGAAAUAGAAGAACCUCAACAAACGUUUCCUCCCUAUCCCGAGCCAUCAACAGUAGGUGAUCCUUUUCCUCCUCCAAAUAUUGAAAAUCGUUAG